ACCAAUCAGAAUAUUUCUGUUUGUCGAUCUCACGUCUGCGGGUCUUGGUUCUUGAAACUUUAAUUUUUAUCUCAGCAAAAAAGAAAUUUAUUUCAUUAUUAUAUCAUUACAUGAUAAUCGUCAUUCGAUUAAUUUAUAAAUUUCACUUUAAUUGAAGCGUCUAUUUAAUUGAGUGUGAAUAGUCUCGUGUGUCUAAUUUUUUUCUAAAAGUCAAAAUUACAUAAGACGUGAUGAGUCACAGAAUAAAGGGUGUCAUGCAAACGUCAAAAUCUGAUCAGUGCAAGAGGGGCGGACGUUUCUUUAUUUAUUAACUAUAUAAUAAAUUAUUUAAAUUACGACAAGUCUGAUGAUUAUUGAUAAUUCACAUUUGUGAAUAAUCAGAAUUCACCAAAAGGAAGUAAAUUUAAUGACAAUAUACAAUGAAAUGCAUACGAGAGGAUACAAAGAAAAAGAAAGAAGAUAGUAAAAGAUGCUGAUUUAGAAUAUAUAUACAUAUAUAUAAUAUAUUAUUUUUCGGAAAGUAUAAUAGGACCUUAUUGUUCAAUCAAUAACGAGGAUAAUAAGAAAAUAUAUAGUCAUUUUUAAAUAGAGAAGAAAUACAAAAAAAAGUAUAUAAUAUAUAAAUAUAUAUAUAUAUUUAAAAAAAUAGAUUUCAAAAUAGAAAAAAUGCCAGCUCCACCUCCACCACUUCCAAAUUUACCAGAAGCACAGAUUUGUGAGAAAACUGACGUUAAUGAAAGUGAAAAUUUGCCACCAUGGGCAAAAAUUACUCUUACUUCAACAGAGGCUGAAAUAGAAAAAUUGAUUUCUAGAAAUGAAUUAAAAGAUGCUGAGGUGACGUACUUUUGUCAAGUGGAACCAAUUCUCCAGGAUGGUCCUCAAUGUGGAUUAGUUGCACUGGCAAUGGCAUCUCAGGAAUAUAGAAAACCAGUUUCAGUGGGACAACUUUUGGCAGAAGCUCGUGUUCGUGGAUUCACUCAACAUGGUGAAGUUUAUAGCGUUGAUUUCAUGGGUACAUUAGCAGCAGAAUAUUUACCAGAUCAUAGACCUGAUAUUUUAAUUGAUCUUCAAACUUGUCCUGAUACAUUGACGCAUGCAUUGGCACAUGGUGCAAUGGUUCUUGUACCGUACGAUUCUGAUUUUAAUCAUGCUCCUUGUCUUAAAAGAGGACACAAAGCUCAUUGGGCUUUACUCGUUGGACUCAUUUCCUCUAGACAAGGAUAUCACGUUUUGGCGCGUCAUGGAAAAUCUCGACAUUUGGCAUGCUGGCCCCUUCGCGAUUUAAUUGAGAGCAAUGGAAAUUUAGAGGAGGAAGGAACAGCGCGACAUGCCGGUGGAUAUGUGAUACCAAAAGGUGGGGUAGGUGGUCAAAGAGGAUUACGAGGCAGGGCCUUAGCUCUUCAUCCCUACGUCUAAUAUUUCCUGAAUUUCUAUUUAAAGAAACAAAAAAAAACCAUUCUUAUAGCUAAUCAAUACCACAGGUUUUCUUUUUCUCUCAUUUAAAAAAAAAAUUUUUUGCUCUUUAUUUUGUCAUUUUUCAUAUAAAAUAUAAUAAUAUUGAAAGGAGCCCAGCUUUGUACAUACUAUCAACAAAUUAUCAAAUGUUGAUAUUAACGCGCAAAACAAAACAAAAAAAAAACACAAUGUAAAUAACUGUUGCAUAUUUUAUUUAGUUUAUUGCUGUUUUUUAUUAUUAUAUCUAUAUAUAUAUAUAUAUAUAUCAAAGUAUCGUUUCUGUGGUAUUGUAUUUUAAUUAGUAACUCGAAUAACGUAACAAAAAAUGCAAUGAAUCCUAUGUAAUAAUUGAAUUGUCAUCUAUAAAAAAAAAAAAACCUUCUGAUUUUUCAGGAAAUAUAAAUUUAAUUUCUAUUCGAAAAUUUUUUUCUCUUAUAAUUCUUCAAAUUUUAUUUAUUUCAAAUUUUUUGUUGAAAAAAUAAUCAUUUUUUAAAUGAAUUACUUUUUAAAAAAAAUUUCUCUUCAUUUAAUUUUAAUUUUUUCUUUUAAAAUUUCCUGAAAUUAAGAAAGGUUUUUUUUUUUUUUUAUUUUUCUUCGCCCCUCCUCCUGUUAAAAAAAAGAAGAAAGAGAGGGAGGGUUUCUAAUGGCAAACCGAAAUACGAAUAAUUUGGUUUUGCGCAAAUGCCUGAAACGAUAGAUGUUGAAACUCCUCGAUGUGAUUUAAUAUUUAAAUAAAUGACGUGUCGAAUGUCUUAGGAUAAGAAAACCAAAAAACAAGGCUAAUUGAACAUUUUCAAAUUAUAAUUCUAAUCAUAUUUAUUACGAAUUAUUAAAAAAAAAAAUCUUACUUAUUAGAAAAAGAAAAUCAAUUUUACGUAAUGUCUAUUCUCUAUCCACGGCGAUAUAACAUAUCGAGAAGUGUUGCGUGUCUACUAAAUGUUUUAAUUUUUUUUUUUUUCAAAAAAAAAAAUGUUUUUUUUUCAAUAUUUUUAGUGCGUUGCUAACGAAAAAAAAACUUGUUUAUAAAGAUUGUUAUCUAGUAGGUAAUUAAUAUUGAUUUUGAUAAAAACAAAAGCCAGUAUUGAGUCAAAAAAAAGUAUCUCUCGUGCCAUUAGAAUCAAAAUCCUAUUUAUAGAAUUUAAAAAAAUCUCCAUUGGCUAUAAAAAAAAAAAAACCAAGUUUUGAAAAUCGAAUUAUUUUCAAAUCGAAUUUAAUCUGAAAAAAAUAGAAUUUUAAUAUUCAAUUCGAAUUUAGUCAACAAAUUGUAAAUUGAAUUUUGUCUAAAAAUAAUUUCAAGUACCUAAUUCUAUAAUCUCGUUAAAAAAAACACAAACAAUGAAAUUACUUCGAUUAUUUUUACCAAUUCAGACUGUGAAUGUGAUUUUUAUUUAUAUAUUAUAUAUAUAUAUAUUAUUUAAACCCUCAUCUAAUCUUAUAAAAAAAAGGCAAUUUUCUUUUCAAUUUUAAGAAAUUAUUUAUUUGUAGAGAAAUUUGUAUUAAAUAAAAAAAAGUUUUGUGACGAAUACUCGAAAAAAAAUUUUUCUUUCGCUAAAUUCAAGAAUUAAAAUCUAUUUGAUAAAAAUAAAAUCAGACUUUUGUCUAUAUAAAAUAUUGUUGGGAACAUAAUUUUUUUUCAAGUAUUAAGAAUACAGAAAAAAAUUGUGUAUAUUUGAAAAAAAAUUUAAUUAGCAAAAAAAAUUCAUAAUUAUAAACUGUAUAAUAACUUAAUAUAACAAAAAUGUAAAUAUACAAUCAAUUUCUAAUAGAAAUUCGAAUCAUUUUCUAAUUUUAUUGAAAAUUACAAAUUCAAUUUAUAAGAUUCAAAAAUUAAAUAUUUAACAUAAAAAAUUCUUGCUUAUUUAACGAAAUAUUUAUUAAUUAUUGCAUUGAUUUGUAUAGACAAAACUGAAAAAAUUUUAUAAUCUUCGCAUUUUUUUUUAUUUAUAAUAAUAAUAUUAUUAAUAAUAAUAAUAACAGCGCAAUGAACAAUUUUCAAUCAUCAGAAACGCUGAAUUUUCGUUUUCGAAUUCAGGCAGAGAACUUAAAAAGAAAAAUAAAAAUGCUGUACAUUUAUAUUUCAAGCUUACAAACAUCAACAACAUAUUUCGUGUAACCAUUUGACUCGGAUCGAUUUUUUUUACGUCUAAACAGUAUACACUACUAAGUUUUUUUUUCUACGAGCUAAUUAAUUACUCAAUCGUUAUUGACUUGUGUCUUGAGCUUGACAAUCUUCUGAAUAUUGUUUUUAAAAAAUUUUAUUCGCCAAUUUUCGACGUGAAAACAUUUUUUUUUUUUACUUUUGGAGCCUUUGAUAUCUAAUAUCAAAAUAGUGCCCAGGUCACAAGUUUAUUUCAUUUAAUUAAUGAUGAUAUAUUCUAUGUCGAAGUAUUUACGUUUAAAAAAUAUGUAGUAUCACACAUAGGUAUUUAAUAUUUAAAUACAUUGAGAGUUAAAUUAAAAAUUAACAAAAUUUUUAAUAUAAAAUAUAAAAUUAAAAAUAGAAGAUAGAAAAAAAAAAUCAAAAUAUUUUAUUCAAAAAUCUCUUUGAUAAAAUUAAACAAUAUUGAUUUUAAUUUAAAAUAUUAUGAAUUUUAAUUUAUUAAAACUUAACAAAUAUAAAAAUUUGUUUAUUAACUAAUUAUAUUAAUUUAUUUAGAAAGAUGUUUUUAAAAAAAUCAUUCUUCUUGUAGAGUAACACAAAUUUCAAUUGAACUCUCAAUUAUGGAAAAUAAUAAUAAUAAUAUUAUAUAUAUGUACAUUUACAAUAUUAGACAUCUCUUGUAAAAGCGCAAUAAAGACGUCUAGUUCUAUGAAUUUUAUUAUAUAAUCGUUUGCUAAAAAUUCCUGUUCUUUUUUUUUGUCUGUAAUUUUUUUUUUCCUCAAACGUAGUAUCAAUUACAUUUAAUUAUUGUAAGCUUUGAGCUUGGGCCGGCUAGAAACCCUCGUUAACUUUGUAACUGUACAUUAAAAAACAAUUUACAAAUUUCACAUUUUUUUUCUUUUUUUAUUAUCAGUAUCUUUUUCUCUAAAAGAAAAAAGAAACGUGCGUACGGUCAAAGUUUGAUACUCUCGUUUCAUUUUUCAAAAUUUUUCCUUUUAUUGAAACGAGGAAAUUAUUAAUAUAUUUGACAAAUUUUUAUUUUUCGAUCUAAUAAUUAAAAAAUACGUAUAUACAGUUUCAAUUCAGUUCUUAUUUGUUAAAACACAAACUGCACUAGCUCACAUCAAUUUUUAUCUAAUUGAUUAAAAAGUUAAAAACAAUUUUAUUUAAUAAUUUAAAUAACAAAUUAUAAUUUUAAAUUAUUUUCAUAAUUACAUUUAUAAAGAAUUUUUAAUUCUUUAUUUGAAAUUUCACGAAUUUUUGAUAUUAAAAAGUAACAAAAAAUUAAUUAAUAGAAUUUAGAAAUAAUCGCUUAAUGUGAGAAAAUUGACUAGAAAUACAUAAACCUAGAAAAAAAAACAAUUGGACCGCGAGCACGUACUAAAAAUACUAUCACUUGACGUUGGAAAGAAAAAUCGAUCUCCGAAAAGAUUCUCUAUUUAUCAAUUUUAAUUAAUCUAACAAAAUCUUUCUUUCUCGGAGACAGAAACUGCCAACUAUUCAUAUAAUCUAACAAUAAAGACUAUACAUUAUCUUAAUUUUACAUACAUCUCAAUUAAUUAUUAUUAUUAUUAUUAUUAUUAUUAUUAUUAUUAUUAAUAUUAAUAUUAUUAGGGUAUUACGAAUAAUUUCUAUUCGUAAUUAUUGCAACAACAGGGAGCAAAAGGAACAUUUUCUUCUUUUUGGAAAUUUGCUUUUCCUAUACAAAAAAAAAAAAAAAAAUUCUAUUAAAAUCGACAAUUUUCCAGAUGUGCCAUUAAAAAAAAAAUGACAUUACAAAAAUUCACAUUAUUGCAAAAUAGACAAAAAAAUCUACUAGAUAUCUAAAAUCGAAAUCAAUAUUUCGCGAAGAAAAUUACAAUGUAUUUGUGCAAGCCAUGGAAAACAAAGAACAGAUUAUUCUGUAACUUUAUUGUAUAUAGAUCGAAGAGUAUUUUGUUCAGACUUCUUUUUUUAGGUAAAAAUAAAAAUGUAGCUUAAGAAAAAGUCAAUUAGAAAAAAAUUAGGCUUCUUGAACAAUUAUAUAAAAAGAAUUUAAAUUCUUUCUAUAGCGAAACAAUCAAUUUCUCCGGCAUAUUAUUUAUAUAUAUAUAUAUGUACAUUAUUAUUUAUUUAAAAAAGACAAGCAAUUCUGGAAAUAGUCUCAAAAAACGAGCAUUCUUUGGCCUCAAAUAUAUUAUUAUUCAUUUAACAAUUAUUAUUAUUAUUAUUAUUAUUUUUUGUUGUUGUAAUAAUGGAGAAAAAUUGUAAACGGAUCAGUACGGAAACAACGCUUUUUUUUGCGAAAGCGAGUCAAAUCUAUGAAAUAAAAAAAAAACUGUUUAACAAGAUAAACAGACUUGUCAUUUAAUUUGGCUUUCGGCAGUCACGGCAAUUUCUAAUUAAACUAAAAACAUUUCAUUCUAAUCAUUGUCUAUUAUUGUGAAAAUGGCGAAAAAUUCUAAUUUCAUCUGCUCUAAUUAAUCUUCCAAAAAAAUGUAAUACUACAAUAUUAUUUUAAUACAUUAAUAUUAAAAAUAUCCAAAACAAAUUUAUAAUUGGAUACUUACAAUAUUAAUGAAAUUUUAUUUUUAUAAUUAAUAAUUCAAUUAAUAAUUAUUAAUAAUUAAUAACCAUUAAUCAUUAGUUAUUAUAAAAUUAUUAAUUAUUAAUAUUUAUUAAUACCUAACUAUUAAUUAUCUAUAAUUAUUUAAUAAUUAAGACAGUAACUAUACAAAGAUCAGAAAACACUGAUCGUUACUUUUUUUUUACAAUACUUUGACGACUAACAAAAGCUAAUUAUCGUAUUUUUCAAAAAAAAGGGGAGCGACGCAAAAAAAAAUCUCUGCUUUCUGUAAGCGUUACAACAAUCGUAAAUAACAAUAUCACUUUAAUUUAAAUUAAAUUAAUCCAUAUUUCGAUGACUCACAUAAACGAAUAUCGAUUGUCAAAUUAUUAAUAAUAAAAAAAAAAAUUCUCAAUAAAUUCUAAUCGUAACUGAGCAACGUGACGAAUUCGCUGUUUAUAUUUUUUUAACAACUUGGAAAAUAAAGAUUUCUUUUUUUUUUUAGAAAAACUAUAAAAAAUAAAAAAAACAAAAAUAUUUUUUUCUAAAAUAUUCUGAGCUUAGAUUCUCACUCGUUGAUACACUUUAAAACAUAAAAUAUAUAAUAUAAUAUAUCUUACAAGAAACAAUAUUUAUAUAUUUGAAUUCCCUCAAAUGAAUAAAACUAUUUUUUCCCAAUAUUGAAGAAAAGAAAAAAAAUUCCAAUUUUUUUCUUUUUAGAAAAAAAAUGGAAAUUAUCUUUUUUUUUCUCUAUAUAUAUAUAUAAAAAUUUAGUAUCAUUUUAUAUAUAUACACAUACUUUAACACAUCCUUGAUGGAUCAUAAAAAAUAUAUAUACAAAUUGGCCUAAUUAUUUGCAAAAAUUUAUUAUAUAUAAUAUAUUAUUUAAAAAAUCAAGUGAAUAAAUCUUAUUAUUCACAAUAAAGCUUUCAUUGAAUUUGAUAACAGAGUACGAGUCUAAAGCGAUUUUUUUCUUUUUUUUUUAUAAAAUUUUGAAAAAAUUCAACCAUAAUAGUGGAAUAAUUUUGUCUUUACAUUCUUUAUCGUAUAAUUUUUUUUUUAAAAGAACAUAAAAAAAAUAGUUUUAUUCGUCUUUUCAAUAGAAUCUGUCAGGGAUUUAUUCAAUAAUUAGUUAAUUUACUCAGCUUUACUUGAAAGCGUGUUAAUUUUUUUUUUUUAAAGUCUUUUUUGUGCGCGAUGCAUUUAUCAAUCUGGACGUUUUUGUCGUAUCGCAAUUAAAAUACAACAUUAGAAGCACAAUUUUUCUUCCUUUUUUUUUUAGACUCGAAAACCCUGGGAUAUGUUCACAAUAUUAUUAACUUUCGGAUCCAAAAAUAAGAAAGCGACGAAUGAAAAAAAAUUGUCUAUUAAAAAUAUCUAACGAUAUGAAUAAAAAAAAUAAUUAAUAAUUAAGUAAUUAAUUAAUUUUUUUUUUAGAUUAAUCUUUUAAUAAAGAAAAAAUGUUUUUAAAAAAAUUACAAAAAAAAUUCGAAUUAAAGUAAAAUAAUCGAAAAUGUCUUAACUUUUGAUUGAAUGAUCAAAAGUUAAAAUCAUUUUAUCAAACGUCGAUAUUAAUUUAAUAAUUAUUUACUUAAUUAUCAUUUGGAUAAAAAAGAGAUUCAAUCGCGAUUAUUUGUGUUUAAUUUUUAAAAUUAAACGUAAAAACUACGUUUUUUCUCAUAUAGAAUAAAUUUUUUUUGCUCCGAAAAAAAUAUUCGUCGCAAAAAUUAUAAUGGAAUAAUAUUUUUAUGAUCCGUAAAGUUAACGCUCUCUGAGCACUCGUUUUGAAAACCACGAAAUUUCGAUAUGAAUCACAAUUUUUAAAAUUUAUCUACACAUAUAUAUUUAUAUAUAUAUAUAUAUA